AUGCCAUCGAGCAAGCGCAAGCGCGCCGGACCGGGCCUCUCCUUUGCGGAGCGAGACAGACAGGGCCAAUCUUCCGGCCCUUCCAACGGCGGCGGGGGCAGGCGGCAGGGCUACAACCAGGUCUACCGCCUCCCCUCGAAGCUCAUCUCGGGACCAGGGAUAUUCGUCACCUGCGUUCAGGGCAAGGAGCGCAAGGCGGCGCUGCAGUUCAUCGACCACCUCAACGAGAUUGCCGACCGGCUCUACCCGGGCGUCAAGCUGCUUCCGCCUUUGAAGCACGAGGUGGCGAAGGAGGCUGUGGACGGCGAGGAGGAGGAUCUGAUGGACGCCAUGCGCAAUGGUCCCGCGACCGCGACUGCUGCAAACGAGGAGGCAGCCAAAGAGGAGAGCACCGAAGAUGCCGCGCCGACUGCGGUGCGCGAAGAGGAGCCAGCGACGGCCACGGCGGGACCGGCAAAGGAGGCGCCGGUCGUCGACGACAUCGAGGCGCAGAUCCAGGCCGAGCUGGCCGAGCUGCGCGGAGACACCUCUGCGGGCGGGCCGAGCAAGAAGGCCAAGACGGAGCACAAGGACAAGGACGACGGCACGCCCACGCAGCGCUUCAAGAAGAUCGAGACGGACACCGAGUGCCUCAACUUUAUCAGCUGUGCCCGGCCCAUCGACCCGUACACGAUGGUCUACGCCGUCCUAGAAGAGGUCGAGAGGACGGGCGAACCUCGAAGCCGGUUCGUCCAGCGCCUGUCGCCGGUGACGGACACCUGCUCCGCGCACCCGACGCAGGUCACGCAGCUCGCCAACCGUGUGAUCCCGACCUUCUUCCCGCCCGACGGACCCGCUCGAUCCUUCAAGAUCGACCCGCGCAUCCGAUCCCACAACACGCUCACCCGCGACUCGUUGAUCCAGAUCAUCGCCGCCUCGAUCCCGCGAGAGGGGGGCCACUAUGCCGACCUCAAGAAACCCGACGUGUGGAUCAUCGUCGAAGUGCACAAGAACGUCUGCGCCAUCGGCGUCGUCAGGGACUAUGAGCGCUUCAAGAAGCUCAACGUGCAGAGCGUCGCGGAUGCCGCGAAUGCCAAAAAGGCAGAGGCUUACGAAGAGCACAAGGACGCCGCAGCGCAGAAGCAGGAGCAGAAGCAGGGCGACGACGCGAAGCAGCCCGAACUGCAGCAGGAGCAAGAGGGUCCCGCCGUUGCAGCCGCCGCCGUCACGGACGCGACUGCAGACGGGGUGCAGACCACGACGACGGCAUCAUGA